CGAUUCGAACAGUUGAUUACUCUAUUAUCCCAUCCAUGGGCGCUCUGAGCAGACGUGUCGCAAAUAUCUAAAUGUAAUAAAUCAUGAACCACCUAAUAUCAACCAAGUGUCACAAUAAGUUAUAAAUUUACCUCAUCUACAACUGCGUGGACGCUGUAGGAAUAGUGCGCAAAUACCCUAAUCACCUCGAGGAAAAAGGAUUAUUUAUCCCUCCGCCGCCGAUAGCUGCGUGUGAGUACAACUGUUAUAUUUAGGAGAUACCAAUAUGUCGAAACGAGAAGACUGUGACGCCUGCUUCCAAGGAGUCUGUCAUGUGAAAAAAGUUAUUCUCGAAGGAUUCCGUAUCACCGACCAGCUGGCCAUCGACCGCACCAACAAUAUCCUCUACGCACAACUCGACCACCGCACCACAGCCAUCUUCCUCGAUGAAGCCAGGAUGAGAACCGUCCACGAUCUAAAAACAACAGGGUUAGCAGUGGAUCAAAAGAACCAAGUAUUGUACUCAAGUUUAAAUGGUGUCAUAUACAAACAUACAUACCAAGAACACGGUUACACCACAGAAACAGCCUUUAAACUAGAUCGACCAACAACACCUGCUAGACUGCGCUAUGAAGACGUCCUCUACACGAUCAAUGAGGAUGGCAGCUCGGCUUACUAUAGAGAGAGUUCAAAAUCCUUCGCUGGUUACGACAACUUAGAUAUCUUCGCUGUUACCGACAUGGCCAAUGUAAAAAAUAUAACCAACUGGUUCUUUGUUUCUGGUGAUAAACUUUACAGAUAUAUCUUGGACGACUAUAAUCGCAUGUCUUGGCAUCUUAUCUCUGGCAACAAGCACGUUCUAUCUAUUGGUAAAAACGGAGACGUAUAUUUUGGAAGUGCUGAUGAGAAAGUUAUUUAUAAGUUAGAUAGAGAAACAAUGGAAUUGGUAAAAUAUGGUGAUUAUGUGGAUGGUUCGGUGGUGGACUUUGUGUUUGAUAAAGAUGAGAACAUCGUGUUCCUUGACGCUGAUGGAAGCGUGGCGCGAUGGGUACCGAGGGGAGAGGCAUGCGAUGAGCACGACAAUACAUUUCAAAAUUUUGAAUUUUUAAGGUGAUUGCAGAUUCGGGAUGAGAAUCGUUCAAAUUUCUACCGUAAUUUCAGAAAAAUAAAGAAACGUCUUCUUCAUAGUCUUUUUAACCAAAGUGGUCAUAUGCGCAUCUCUCCAAAAAAUGUCUGCUCGUUUCCUGCAAUACAUACUCAAAUAGAAGUGCCCCGUUUAUAAGCAUAUUUUUGAGUUCCUGAUGUAUGCUUAAAAUAUAAGUGAAUGUGAUACUAAGUACAAAAAAUCUGCUUAAUUUAUUUUU